UGUCGUUUAGUUUCGUUGGUCCCGUUCGCGGCAGUCGAUCGCUCGCGAUCGUCGGAACGCAAAUACCCGUCGCGCGACGUGUUGCCGGAGCAUACGCUUCCGAUUUUCGCAGCUUUUCCCGCAGUUGUCGGACACGCGCUCGCAGCACGACUCGGAUCUCGGGACGUCUCGGCGUGCGAGCUCCGCGACGAGGAUGAAACGUGCGAUGCUCGGCGAUCGUCCGGCUCGUCGAGCUUCACCUGAAAACGUGCGACGUGCAAACCGCGCUGCUCCGAAUGACGGAACAUUUUUCAAGAACAUGGAGGCGGAAUGCGGAGUCCUUCGCAGGCCCUCUCGUGACACAUCGCAUUACAUCCACAAGGCGGGCAUGUGUAGAAAAAAAACUCGAAGCGACAGACAAUUCGACAACGUGGAUUACACACAACUCUCGGAAACCGAUAAUGGUUUCUAUGAUUCACAGUUUGUGAGUCCACCAGUGAAGAUACCAUGGAAGUCUAUUGUGUUGGCGGCUUUUUUAUUCGUUGGUGGGACUGCUAUUCUCAUUAUAGGAAGUCUGAUCGUGAGUGGGCACAUUGAUUCAAAAUAUUCAGACCAAAUGUGGCCACUGAUCACUGUAGGGGCCUUGAUGUUCAUACCGGGGGCUUACCACAUGAGGGUAGCUAUUUUAGCUUAUCAGAGAGUACCUGGCUAUUCAUUCGAUGACAUACCUGAGUUUGAUUGAACGUUCCUUGUGUACAUAUACGCAUAAAGUACUUACUUCUUAAUUUCUAGAAAAUGAAUUUAUCCCUGAUAGCCCCGAUUCCAUCAACGUCGCUUUACUUUAACUCACACUUUGUCUCUUUCCAAGGCGGAUAGUUAGAAAGAGACGAAAAGUGAGUUAAACUAUGGUUAAAGUUAAGCGACGUUGGUGGAAUCGGGUAUUAAUGAUAAGAAAUUUAUCGUUUGCAUGUAGCGGAUAAAGCUGCACGUAAGCGAAUGAAUAGGAAUACACAAAGGAAAUUGCUUCUUUAUCUUACAUUGAUGCAUUUAAAUGUUCACUUAAACACGAGUUCUUUCUCAAAAGGUAUCAUAGAAUCAACGAACGAACCAAGUUUUUCAGAUAAUCUAGGUGUAAUGACAAUGUAUGUACUGAGGUAUAUUUUAUGUGGUUAAAUUCGUAACUUAAUAAUGUGUGAUCAGUUAUGUUUAUUAUCAGUUUAUUUUUAUAUUUACAUAAAUAUCAAAAACUUGUAAGAUAUUUUAUUGGAAAUAUAAUAAAAGUAUUUUGAAAAUAAAUUUCACUAUACACUCUUACAAAAAGUUACUGUGAUUCUUGGUAAAUAUGUGUUUCCCCAACAUAGUCUAUGUAUAUAAUAGGAUAGGAAGGAAGAACACAACUACAUUGUCAGUUGUACAUUAGUAAUAAAAAACAAUAAAACUUGG